GCAGCAACACCAUCAGUCCGUACUCACAUUUCAUCGCGUAAGCAUCUCAUUAACGUCGAGGUUGCUACGGGAAAAAGUGGCACAACCAAGUGCCUGCCUGCCUACCUGCAUGUUUUGUUGUGGUUCAUUUGUGAUUUCAUGCAAUGGCAUCGCCACAGCUUCUGUUGCUGCUGAUGGCAGGAUUAACAGCGUUGAUACCAGAUGGUCACCCGAUGCCCGUCGACCAGGAUGCCACCUGUAGCUAUCUGGAUCGUCACCAGUACCUGGAGCCGGGCAGCUCCGACCCGAUGGUGGAGGAGGAAUUUCGCGGCCAUAUCACAGUGAUUUACAGUGUGGCUCCACCGAAACCGUUUCUAACGCGGCGCAUCUACAGCGAGCGUGACCCGAUCUAUUACAACAAAAUCCUAUACGAUGAGCAGAUUCAGCUGUUCCAUAAUCUUUUCAAUCGGUUCGAGAGCAAUGACUACCGCAACGUGCAAUUCAUGCUUGGAGCCGCCCCAAGUCGCCAUCCGGAAGAGACCAACUUCGAUGAUUUCGAUGACUUUCUAGACAACGUGACGAGUAUUGCCGCCAGCUACAACAUUUCGGUGUAUCCGAAUCCACUGAACGAGAACGGCACGUUCGCAAUGUUCGGUCUGAAGGAGUUCCAGGUAUAUGUGCUGGACCAGUGCUCGCGAAUCACGUAUAUAAUCGAACCACCGUGGAGUCUGAUACAGUACUCGUACGUGAAGGCUGCCGUCCUGUCCACGCUGUACGACCGACCGUGUGGACCGUGCGACGUAGGUGCCAAAUUAUUACCGAAAUUCAUUGCUGGAAAGAAACAUUUCGAGGAACUGCAGCUGUCCGCAGCCACGGAAACGGUGGCAAAACCAACGAUUCAUUUGGUUUCGCUUCAAACUGCCACAACAACAGGAAAGCCAUCGCUGGCGGCCUCAGAUUUGAAACCAUACGACGACUCGACUGAAAGUGAGGAGCCAUCGACCGAGGAGGAUGCCGAUCCGGAUGGUACAACGGAGGAAGUCAAUCUACUACGGUCAAACAUAACCGAAGUCAACGGAACAGACAGCUCGGAGGAGGACAUUUUCGCGAACCUCACAGUAGCGGGUCCCGAGCUCGCUCUUCCUUUGAAGAUUAUCAUCCCAGCGGUUCACAUCCGCUUUGAUCAUCCCAAAGCAAACAGCACAUACGACAAGUAUACCUAUGUCGUCUUUCAAAGUGACAAACCGAACGACCAUCAGCACGAGAAUGAGCCCCGGGACGGCCGGGAUGCUUCCUCACUUCGGGAAAUAUCUCUGCGGAACGCUUCCGCCAACCAUUCACUGUGUGUCGUCGGGGUGGAGUGGCCCCUGGCGCAGCUACAUGAAAUCCUAAACACAUCCAGUGUCUUCUAUAACGAUCAAACGUCACAGGUUUACAGGAAGCUAGCCCGAUAUAAUGCCUCCGGCAUUGACGAGCUCGAGGAGCUCUCGGUUAGCAGUCAAUAUGCGGUCUGGAAACGACGCCAGGCCGACCAGAUCGAACAGACAAAGGCCAGCAAGCGUCACUUUAUUCGGAAACAUUACGAACGACUGAUACAGUGGCUCAGCUGGCAGUUUGAUAAGUCCUGAUGGAGCGGAAUGCCUGCGGCUUGAUGAUGGCAGUGUUGGUGAUGGCGAUGAUAAUGAUGAUGUCGGCGCAGAAGGUGACAUAAACAUAGAUUGAGCGAAUGUGUCGUUCUCCGGGUUGUACGCUUCAUCUAAAUACUCAGCAUCGCAGUAGUCAUCAUCUGGAACAAAAUAAAAGAUAUUGUUAGUUGCUUCGUUAAUGCCUGAUAUAGAUCAAAAAACUGUUUUCAAGUUGAGUGAAAAACUAUAAAAUUUGGCUGGAAUACUUUCCAGAAGAUGCCGGAUGAACUAUCUAUUCUAUCUUGAAUCAGAACCCAACUCAAAUUACUCAUAAAUCCAAAGCUGCUUCAAUGAAAAUGAAUUUGAAUGCUAAGACUGAGUGGUUAUUUACAUACAUUCACGUUCCGCGCAUGAUUCUGCAAGGUCUCAGUUUGAUUCUUUUCAGAAUAAUUAUACCAAACAGGUCAUUUGGACCACCGCUAAAGUCACCCAUUGCAUGAGAUUUGAUACUAUAUUUGUACGACUCAAAUUGAAAGGGAAGUUCCUAUCUCACAUUUAAUAA